ACCUCGCCCCGCGAACUUCUCUGCCUAGACGACGAGCAGACGGGUAGGGCUUUAGUUUGAAAUUAUCGAGCCUUUUCACCUUCGAUUCCAUCCGAAGGAACGUUGUGCCCAGAGGCUUGCUCGCUGAGCUCUGACUGCCGAUGAGUCCGGAGGCCACCUUCCAAAUCUGGAAGUCAAAGAUGUCUAAAAGCAAGAUUCGCGAUGGAGACAUCACUCCCUCUUUCUCUCCACCAACUUGCAACGACCUCACUCUUCACCUCACCCCUUGUCUUCAAGUCUCAGCGCGACACCGCCUCUCCAAGAUCGGUUGCAUCGUCACCUAAAUGGCGCCCCAGUUACGCUCGACAACGGCUGGACGUGGUAGACCUGCAGGACCAACACGGGCUGCCUUGUCGAGAAUCGCCAAGUCAAAACCAAUCGCCUCUCAACACAGGGUCUUCGCCUUUCGCCCUCGUCGUCAGCAACCCUCGUAUGUUGCUUUUGAUGAUGAUUAUUUGGAUGAAUUAAACCCAGAAUUCAUCCAUGGCGAUGAGAUGGAGCCCGAGGGCAAGGACAUCCAGCAAGAUGUGGAGGUGUUAGCAGAUGGAAUGAUUGGCACCGAUGAUGAAAUCGGCGAGAUUAUCGAGGGGGCCGAACAAGAGCAUGAUGGCUUGGAUGCGGGUGACAGAGUUAGAGUCAGGCCUGAAGAGGAGGAGUUUGAGAACCGGACUACGGACAUGGUGGAAGACUGUGUGGUAGUUCGAGCAAAGGAUCUCAAGUUCCAUGACGAGCGCCAUCUCGAGGCCGGUUUGGUGACACCGAGCCAGCAAAUUGUUACACGCCGCGACUACGACAAUUUGAUGGGGAACUACCUGAAGGUGUGUGUGGAGAACGAGAUGCUCCGUGCUGCCCCAUCUAAACCACAGGUGAAGGAGUACACGUUGAUCAGAAUUUCGUGCAGUAUAAUGUGAGGACAUAAUUCUCGCAAGGGCCAUCGUGAGGAGAUAUUGCAGUUGCUGGAGGUCUGGUAUUUUGAGGAGUGUGUCUCGAAACAGAAAUUGCGGGGGGAACUUCAAAGCAAAUGUAUCACAAUACCGGUAGCUGAGGAUCAACCUCUACAGUUCUCUCAUUUCAAUGCAACUCAUCAACACCAUCCCUCUCUAUCCCAACCUCUCCCCUCCCAAACUCCAAUCACUCCCUUCCCGACCGUGAAAGGUCCAUACACCCACUACGCAACCCACGCAACCAACGGAUCCCAAACCUCCAAUCACUCC